CCCUAAUAAAAUCAAAUAUCAGUUUCGAUAUACCGCCGCCAGAAAUUAAAACAUGUUUAGUUGGUGUACAUAAAUCUAUAGGACGAUGUUUGCACAUCCUGCGUGACCUUUUAGUCUUGGCAACCACCGUUUAAUCAAUACCUGGAGCUCCAUUAUUUUGAACGCCAUGGAUAGCGAUACUGAUUAAUGGCUGACUCAGUGCGCAAAAAUGGCGAAGAAGGGAGGAGUCCAGCAACUCCAGGCGGAUCUCACCACGGACGAGGAGUUCGAGAAGUUUCUUCAGCGCUCCGGAUUGCUGGUCCUCGACAUUUACUCCGAAUGGUGUGGUCCUUGUCUGGGAAUGGUGGGCAGCCUCCGGAAGAUCAAACUCGAACUUGGCGGCGAUAACCUGCAGUUGGCCAUUUGCAAGGCUGGUUCCAUUUCCUAUUUGAAGCGGUUCAAUAAGAAAAGCGAACCCACCUGGAUGUUUGUUACGAACGGCAAGGCAAUCAACAUAAUGUUUGGCACGGAUGUACCCAAACUGGUGGCCCUGAUCACCAAGUUGCUUCAGUCGACGAUGGCCAAGGAGUCGCACUUUGGCUACGAGAUCACCGAGCUGCAGCCGAUCGAGCUGCAGCAGCAGGAGGUUCGCAACAAGGCACUUCGCCUCGCGGAGGAGAUCGAACUGGCGGAGAGUCGCCGGAAGCGAUUGGAGUACCUGCACAGCGUCACCGAUUGCAUCAUGGCCAACCUGCCGGACAUUGGCAUCACUGUUUUCGGACCGCAGGUCAACCGAGAUAUGUUCAAAAAGCUCUCGGAGCCGGCCGAUCCCCUCAAGAUUCAGUGCAAGGACCGAAAGGUGUUCCUCAUUACACCGACGGACUUUGCCACGGUCAACUUUGCUGCCGAGAAUCCCCUGUCCCAGGACGUCAUUGAGCUGCUAUACGACAAGGAGCUGCUCAUGUGCUUCUGGAAAGUGGAGGAGGUGCUCGGCAGUCCACCAGCUGUGCUGCGUCAAUAUGCCCACGAGUUGACCAAGGAAACCAUUAAGCCCCCCGAUGAAUUCAACGAGGAGGAGAUCACCGUGCCGCCCAUGAUUGUGCCGCUCGAAGUGACCGUGGAGAUCCCCCAAGAACCUGAGCCACUGGAGGAGGUUGAGGAUCAGGAUAAUCAAGAUGCCGAGGAACUGGCUGAAAGUAAACACGACGAGGAGGGCGAUGCUGAUGAGGGGGAGGCUGAGACGGAGGUCGAACAGGUCCCGAUUCCAGUUCCAGAACCGCAACAGAAAAGAACCAAGACCAUCCGGAUACCGCCGAUUUGGGUGCCCAGUGACCAGCGAACCCAUGCAGCGCUAAUCUACACGUACUUUCGGGCCCAAACCUCGACCUUUUUGCCACCGGAUCCUGUGCCGGAGCCACCGCACAUUGUGAUGAUCUUCGAUGCGUACAAAAAGAAGGACCUGGCCAUUCUGCUCGAGACUUGUCGCGAGGACAUCCCACUCUACGGCUUCUUCAACGGCGAGAAUCCACAAACGGCGCUCUUCAUAGCCAAUUCGGUGGAGAAGUACAAUGCAAAGCCCUAUGUGCCGACCGACAAAAUCGUGCUGAAGGUGAACAAGGUCAGCAGCCCGACCAUUCCCACUCUGAUGGCCUACGGUCCCAGCUAUGUGAGUGCCAACUCAGUGGUUGGCCACCAGGAGGCCACGCAGUUCUUCCCGCCCAACUACAAGUCCGCUCUCCAGGAGGAGGAGGAGCUGCACGCCGUCAAAGCCGAGAAGCCCAAGAAGCGCAAGAAGAACAAAAAGGGAGGCGACACCGAGGAGAGUGGCAAGGCGGAUGCCGGAGUGGCGGAUGCGCAACAGGAGGCCGACGAGGCGGUGAAGACGUCGCCGGAGGAAGGAGCUUCUACGACAAGCAGCGGCGAGGAUAGCUGCGAAAGUCGUCCUGCAACGGCAGAUGGCAACAAUCCCGAUGGUCAGCAGGCUACAUAG